GACGUAGUGAGGAAAGCGCCACAACCAACCGUCCACAGCGUCUUUUCGUCGCUAUCCUAGCAGUAGCCAACCGUAUCGUUCAUUCUCGAAUUCCUGUCCGCGCAGACGCGAAGCAUGCAAUGUCGUGGAGCUCGACACCCAGCGCUAACGCCGGCAUGAAUUGGCUGGGGUACUCUAGCCGCGAAGAACUUGAAGCCAGCGGCAUCCUGGACAAGUGGGCGCAGAAACAGCAGCAAAACAACCUUCUUCCUCCGCGACACUCGUCAGUUCAACUGUGUUCGCGAUGCCAGGGCCAUCGUAUUGAGAAGAUCGUGUACAACUCAAUGGUGCUGGGGCAGAACUGCUCACAGUGUGACGGCGAAGGUGUAAUUCCACCACAACAGACAUCUCCGAUGAGAACAACGAGCGCGUAAGAAGCGCAUUAGACAAGAAAAGGGAGAUGCGAGAUCCAAUUGAUGCAG